CUCCACUCCUCCUGUCCCAUCUCGGGCGGCUGAGGCUUCUCAGUGUGUGUGUAUGUAUAUGUGUGUGUGUGUGUGUUUGUGUGUACAGUAGAUGGUGCGUUGCUCGAAGUGGGAGCGGCGGUAAUGAGAUGCGUGUGAAACCGCCCAGUCCCGGGAGGAGACGGAGUUUCGCCGAGACGCGAGCAGUACUUAACACUUCAAAAUGCUGCAGACUACCACUGUGAACCCAAGAAUUCUGUUCCUUUUACUUGUAUUCGUAGAAAUUUUGUUCCUUCAUUUCGUAAGAUAAACAUCUUCCAAAAAUGACGACUCAGAGACCAUUGAGUGGAACCUUACUUUUCAUCUCUAUUAAAUGAAACAAUAACGUCUGAAAGUUGAACAAAUUCAUUGAAGACCGUACUUUUGAUCCAGGACAUUAUCCACAUUUUUUAAAAAACUAACAAGAAUAUUGACACAAAUUUGUAAGUUGAAUCAUUGAGUGCAAUACUUCGAAGUGUGCUGUUUCGCAGGUUUUUCUCCUCCCGCUGAAGCAAAGUCUAAGGUUGUCCCAGAAGUAGUGAAAUGAAGAGGCUGUGUGAAAAAACAAUGUCUAUUUCUGUUUCUGAAGAGAACAAUUUCAUAAUGAUGUAAGCCUCUCCCAACAUCUGGAUGUGGUGCUAAAGGCAAAGCAUUUUUGAUCAGCUGACGUGAAGCUGUGCAAAGAGGACCUUCAUUAAAAUAGCUUCUUGCCAAAAUAAUCUUAAACAUCAUCAUGCACAGUCUGAAAAGAAAAAUGAAGAUGACUUAGAUAUGAGGAUGUUUCCUUGAACCUUGAAAGAGAAGUGUGAAAUUACACUUGCAACAUUGCAGGGUAAAGAAAGAAAACACAUAUUCUUGACUAUUAGACAGGUCUUGACAGAUUUAAAUCAAGUCAAAUGUCAUCAAACGAAUCUUCUCCUCCAUCCUUACAGAAGUUUUCCCCAUCUGCGUCCCAUGUUGCUGCUCCACCUACCCCUUCUUUAUCUUCAAGUCCACAAUCUGGACUCUCAGGCCGACUGUCCAAUGGCAGCUUCAGCACACAAAGUCUCACCAACUCCAGGGGCUCUGUGCAUGGCAUCUCCUUCCUGCUGCAGAUUGGUCUCACUCGCGAGACUGUUACAGUUGAUGCUCAAGAUCUCUCCCUUUCUGUUGUCAAAGACCUAGUGUGCUCCAUAGUUUAUCAAAAGUUCCCAGAGUGUGGUUUUUUUGGCAUGUAUGACAAAAUUCUCCUGUUCCGCCAUGACCUGAACUCAGAAAAUAUUUUACAGCGGAUUACAUCAGCUGAAGAAAUACGUGAAGGUGACCUCGUUGAGGUUGUUCUCUCUGCUUUGGCUACAGUCGAAGAUUUCCAGAUUCGUCCUCAUAUGCUAUAUGUGCAUUCUUACAAGGCUCCCACUUUUUGUGACUAUUGCGGAGAGAUGCUUUGGGGCUUGGUACGACAAGGGUUGAAAUGUGAAGGGUGUGGAUUAAACUACCACAAGCGAUGCGCCUUCAAGAUCCCAAACAACUGCAGUGGUGUAAGAAAGAGGCGUUUAUCUAAUGUAUCUUUACCAGGAUCUGCACUUUCAGUCCCAAGAUCAGUGCAAGCUGAAUAUACAGUCACAGUCACAGAAGAGCGUCCCCUUCUAGAGCCCAGUAAAAGGAUUCCUUCCUGGAGUGGGCGUCCAAUAUGGAUGGAAAAGAUGGUGCUCUGCAGGGUGAAGGUUCCACAUACCUUUGCUGUUCAUUCUUACACUCGACCCACCAUAUGUCAGUACUGCAAGCGAUUGCUCAAGGGUCUCUUUCGUCAAGGAAUGCAGUGUAAAGACUGCAGAUUUAACUGUCACAAACGUUGUGCUUCUAAAGUACCCAAAGAUUGUCUUGGAGAAGUUGUGUUCAAUGGAGAACCGGCUAGUCCAGGUCAAGAUAUGGAUAUGCCAAUGGAGGUUGACAGCAGUGAAAUGAACAGUGAUGGAGGUAGGAGCUUGGAUGAUACAGAAGAACCCUCUCCCCCAGAAGACAAAAUGUUUUUUAUGGAUCCAGCAGAUCUAGAUGGGGACAAAGAUGAAGAGGCUGUCAAAACUAUCAGCCCAUCGACAAGCAAUAAUAUUCCAUUAAUGAGGGUUGUGCAAUCAAUCAAGCACACAAAGAGGAAGAGCAGUACAAUGGUGAAGGAAGGAUGGAUGGUUCAUUACACUAGCAGAGACAACCUGAGAAAAAGACAUUACUGGAGGCUGGAUAGUAAAUGUCUUACACUAUUUCAGAAUGAAUCUGGGACAAAGUAUUACAAGGAGAUUCCGCUUUCUGAAAUUCUUCAGGUGACUCCGCCACGGGACUUCUCAAACGUGGUACAAGGCAGCAACCCACACUGCUUUGAAAUAAUCACUGACACCAUGGUGUACUUUGUUGGCGAGAACAAUGGCAGCAAUCAUCAUAAUCCUGUUUUGGCUGCUACUGGAGUGGGACUGGAUGUAGCACAGAGCUGGGAGAAAGCUAUUCGUCAAGCUUUGAUGCCAGUCACGCCUCAGGCUAGCAUUUGCACUGCUACAGGACAAGGGAAAGAUCACAAAGAAUUAUCUGUCAGCAUUUCUGUUUCAAAUUGCCAGAUCCAAGAAAAUGUGGAUAUUAGUUCCGUAUACCAGAUUUUUGCUGAUGAGGUGCUUGGCUCUGGUCAGUUUGGUGUUGUGUAUGGAGGAAAACAUAGGAAGACUGGAAGGGAUGUGGCAAUUAAAGUCAUUGAUAAAAUGCGAUUCCCCACAAAACAGGAAAGUCAGCUGCGCAAUGAAGUGGCCAUUUUGCAGAAUUUGCACCACCCUGGGAUUGUAAACCUGGAAUGUAUGUUUGAAACUCCAGAAAGGGUUUUUGUUGUAAUGGAAAAACUUCAUGGCGAUAUGUUGGAGAUGAUUCUUUCCAGUGAGAAAAGCCGGCUUCCAGAAAGAAUCACCAAAUUCAUGGUCACUCAGAUACUUGUUGCUUUGAGGAAUUUACACUUCAAGAAUAUAGUGCACUGUGAUUUAAAACCUGAAAAUGUACUAUUAGCAUCAGCAGAGCCAUUUCCUCAGGUGAAGCUGUGCGAUUUUGGUUUUGCACGUAUUAUUGGUGAGAAGUCUUUCCGGAGGUCUGUAGUGGGAACUCCAGCUUAUCUCGCCCCAGAGGUGCUUAGAAGUAAGGGCUACAAUAGAUCUCUGGAUAUGUGGUCAGUGGGAGUCAUCGUCUACGUGAGCCUUAGUGGUACAUUUCCAUUUAAUGAGGAUGAAGACAUAAAUGACCAGAUUCAAAAUGCAGCAUUUAUGUACCCACCAAAUCCCUGGAAGGAAAUAUCUAGUGAAGCUAUCGAUUUAAUAAACAACCUGCUUCAAGUGAAGAUGAGAAAACGUUACAGUGUUGACAAAUCACUUAGUCACCCGUGGUUACAGGAUUAUCAAACUUGGCUUGAUCUUCGGGAGUUUGAAACUCGCAUCGGAGAGCGUUAUAUUACCCAUGAAAGUGAUGAUGCUCGCUGGGAAGAACAUGCGUAUGAGCACAAUCUUGUAUACCCCAAACAUUUCAUUAUGGCCCCCAAUCCAGAUGAUAUGGAGGAAGACCCAUAAUUGUUAACCAGGGAAAGGCACUUAACUUAAACCAUUACUGAUACUCUGAUGGAGCGAGUAUUGCUCUUUGCUCUUCAGUCUAUAAAGCAGUGAAAGAUCUUCCAUCAGUUUUUGGGUGGACUAGAUGAUUUGCGAAAGGCUCCACAUCUCUAGUUACUAUGACUAUGAAUGUGAUCCAGCACUGGGUUAAAAGCCAUGAAAUAUUUGUGUAACAUUGCCUUACUGGUACAUCGCAGUGAUGUUACUGGCCGAUGAAGUGCACAGAGACUUGAUGUAGUAUGUGAAAUUUCCAGGGUUUUUGUAGUUUACACAGUAACAAAAUAAUUUUAAUGGUUUUCUAGUUCCUACCUACUAAGCCAUAGAAUACUAUUUUCUGGUAUUUAGAUACAUCUGUUAUGAAGCUGUAGAGAAACCUGAAAUAUAUACCAUGACCAAAUAACUACAACAGUGCUUGAUUUUUAAGCCCCAUACAAAACACUGGUAGAAUAUUUAUUUAGCAGGUAUGAGUUUGAAAAGCAAUAAAAGUAAAGGGAGCCAAUAAUUUUAGGGCAGAUAUGUGGUCCUGCUUAACUAGAGCAGCCCCUUGAUGUAUGGAAGUGCAGAGCACUAAAAGUACUCCAUAAUCCCACUUAAUACAGACAAGGUGUGUUUUCGCCUUUACACUUACAUUAGGAGAACAGUAAAGCAUUAUGGUGAAUUAUCAUUGUGUGGCAGAUGUUAGUGUGACCUUGAGGCUUAUGGAGGGCUUUCAGCCUUCAUUUAUCCAUAGACCAGGAUCCAGAGAUGUGAUUUGCAUACUGCUGCAAAGAAAAAAGUGCUCCACUGGUUGUUUUUUGGGCGCAACAGUUCCAUGUGCUAGACAUAAACUUUUUAAAGCAUUUGGUUUCUUCUGCAGUGGGAAUUGUUGCACCAGAUAGAAUAAACUGCAGCUCCUGCUGUGUGUAUUGUUCCCUCUCACAUACCACAUAUUUGGCUCCAGAAAAUUAGCACCCACUGCACAACUAAGAUCUUCAGUUGUUGUGCUGUCAUUCAUUUUGGUCUGGAAGAGAUUUGUCUGCUGCAGUUUGGCCCAAAAGAAUAUUUUAAUUUCUUGAAAGGAAUAAAAUUUUACUUAAUUUUCAAUUAAUUCAAGUACUGUAACUAGAAUCCACAGUGUAAUAUAUCCUUACGAUCUCUGGUGUCAUGGAAGAAGAUGCGGUCAUUUAUGUUUCCAGAUUGCUCUUUGCUUUCUGCUGUUUGCUUUUCUUCUGCCUUUAUUAAAUCCUGUAGUCUAGCAAAAUCACUCUUAGCUGCUGGUGAUCAGGGGGUUGUGGCCUUUUGCCUCCCACUUGCUGGGUUUGUCACUCAGAAGUUAAGGGUGGAAAGAGAGUUUGCCUCCCUCCCUCCUUCCCGUCCCACACAAAGUUACUUGUAAGGCACUCUGCUUGAUGCAGUUGGCUUCUUCUUAAAAGAUCUACUGAUAGGAAAAGGAUGGAAAGUGCCUUGAAGGGCUAAAACCUGUCACUCCUUUCUUCCUUUCCCUUCCUGCUAGCAGGUCUGCUUACAAAACACAUUUAAUCCACACAGUUCUCAAUUACAGAUGAGAAUCAAUUUGGCAAGCACUCCUAGAUUAAGGAGUAUGAAUGGGUGGUACUUUAUAGAUAAAAAAGUUAACACAAUUAUAUGAAUUCAUUUCCUGGCCACUGUUUGUUCCAUCAUAGUCUUAAUUAUUGCUGCCUGAAUAGCAGCCUGUCAGUUCUGUUUUGCAUCUGCUUUUCUUCUUUCUGAUUUCCUGUCCAUCUCCUUCCUCAGGUCGGUCUUCAGCAUCUUCUCUUCUUCAACUGUCAUCAGCUGACUUCUUUUCACUUUGCUUUCUCCCAGCAUUUCAUGCCCUCCUUUCACUUGCCCUGCAUUCUGUGUCAUUACAGAACUAGGCUUUACACUUGACAUAAAAGUUAUUCCUGUGCAUGUCUGUGAAUUACAACUAUGUAAAGAGCAAGAGAGGAACACAGAAGAAGAAUCUCAAAAAUAUUAUCCCAAUAAGAAAGGUCCAGUGCAUACAUUCCCUUAAAUUAAACCACAUUUUUUGAUCCGGAGAAAUGAUGGAAGCAGCAGUUCAAGGACAAGCCAUAUGAAGAUAACCUAAAGCAGUCUCAGAACAUUAAAGGCUACUGGACAAUCAGUGCAAACGUCACUAAAGUAAAUCUAAAAUAAAAACCUUGCUUAAUUUUUUAUUUAAUCUCAACCAACUGUUCUAUUUAUAAUAGAUGACUGGCAAACAAAUUAACUAUCCUGGAUCUAGUUAUGAAGUUAACAUUUUCAGGAAAAUGUGGUCUACAAUUGAAAUAAGUUGUAUAUAAAUGUCAGCAAGAACCAGAUGUGCAGUUGAAGCGUUGUGUGAAAUUUUCAUGGCAACACUUGCUCUGGCCAAGGCAUGUUGCUGUAGCUGUUGCAGCUGCAGGAAAAACUUCAAAGGAAGUUCCAACAGUGUGUGGCCCCAUCUCUAGGAUAUAGCUUUAUUUGAUCAUGACCUUUAAAAGCUGUUCAUAGGCCAGUUUAUUUUCCAAAUCCUCUAACAGCAAAAGGAUUUGGCCACCUCUCCAUCUCUUCCUCUUGACCUUAAAUUUAUUCUGCAUACUCUGUGAGCAUUCAGUAUAAUGGAAUUUUCUAUGCUAUACAAUCUCCAAUUAGAUGCCGCAAGUAGAGGGAAAUGUGUCGAAUAAUGGAGUACACUAAGAUGGAGCAAGCUUUAGAAGAACCUUGUAUAAUUAUUUAAUUUGAAACAAAUAUUGUUGCUUGUAAUGUUUUGUUGCUUUGCUGCAGUUGCCAGACAAACGUACAGACAUACUCAAUUUCAGUGGUAGCAUUUCUCUAAUGUGCAAAUUUUAGAUGAACAGUGCAAUUCACAAACUCCUUAUUUCAGUCUAGCAGGAGUGAAGCAGAACAAAGACUGCAUGCCAUUGGGGGUUACAGAUUCAGAGUCUUAUGAGGCAUACGAGUUGGAAUGGCGGGAUAUAUGAAAUAUGGGUGUUUAUUCUUCCAUUUGUGUCUCCCUUGAUUUAUGUUCAGCUGAAUGUGAGCGGCCUCAUCUAAAAAAUACUGAGGUAAUGUGAUGUGAAAAUUCGGCCUGUGGCAUUUUGAUUUAUGAAGACUAUUUUGCAUGUGCAACUCAUCACAGGAUGAUGUUAUCACUGAAUAGAGAACAUACAUUUGUAAGUUCACUUAGAUCCUACAAUCCUUAAAGCAGUGUUUUGGACUCCAACUUUCAUUAGCCCCAGCCACCACGUCUAAUGGGCAAGGAUAAUGGGAGUAGGAAUCUAGUAAUAUAUGGAGGACCAUGUGUUCACCACCAUUUUAAAAAGGGGGUUGUAGUGUACCUAUGGCCUGCUUCAAACCAGAAUUUGAUUAGGAUCAUGUGGAUUGAUUUAUGAUGGACUGCUGCAUGGAUGUUUCUGCAUUGCACAGAAUGUUUCACUAACUCACUGAUGUUUAUUUACUGUGACCCACAUGAAUCACUGGCCUAAUUUCAGGCAUACCGGUAUUUGUUGAACAGAUUUUGAGAGUCAGCUAUGCACCUGCAGUUCUUCAUUUCUUUGCUCUGUAUUCAGAAUACUUGGACUGAAACUUUUUGUAUCUUAUUUUGUUAUCCCAUUACAAACUCCAAUUUUACAUGGUAAUUAAUGUAUGAAAGUACUGAUUAUGUAGGUAGAGUUACCUACAUGACUGAUGCUUUUAUCAUCGAAGUGAGUGGACAACCAAGAAUCUGUUUGAUGGCAGGAACUUUGCCAAAGCAGUAACAUGUAAAUUGGGUCAGUGGGUUGCAAGUAACAUGUUGAUUCGAAAAACAUUCAUUUCUACAACCUUGAGUUGGAAAUUGUUCCAGGGAAUAAAAUUCUACAAGUGGGGGAGACCCUCUGAAAUAAUGCAGCUGUUUGGAAAUGCAAAAGACAAGUUUAAUGUGGAUGAAGCCUUCUCCAAACCACAGAGUCCAUAAUAAUGAGCCAGGAAAUUUAGCAGAUUAUCCUUGUAGUUAAGCUACAAAUGUAUUCAAAGUAAAUCUAGAAAAAUUCUAGAAAAAGUUUCUCACCUAUAGAAAAGGUUAUUGUAAUUUUAUUGUCAUCAGUUACUUAACCUUAUCUACAGUAGCCGUUGGAAGCAGUGUUCUCAGUGGGGAGAAUCCACGGCAGAGAUGAGAAUGACUAAGUCUCAAAGGCAGACAAAAAUGUCAUGGAUAAGUGAAAUGAUUGGAAGCCCCUAUCAUAAAUGGUCCAAUCAUGUUGUAAAAUUAUUGGAAGCUACUAUUCAAUUUUUUGAAUAUACAGCUGGAACUAUUCUGUAUUUAUAGCAUGGUAUUGAACACUGAAAGUAGCUGUUCUAGCAAAGCACAAUUUGUUGUGGCAUAACUAUUAAUCCAUUGGAAGUGUUCAUAGAUGUUUCACUGUUUUGUCUUAUUGUUUCUUUGUAAACGUAUGCAACAACAGAAUAGGAUCAAUAUUAUUUCGGAUUGACUCAGUUGUUAUCCUAUAGAUGUCUACUCAGAAAUAAGUCCCCUUGAGUUCAGUGGGGUUUGCUUCCAGGUAGGUGUAUAUAGGAUUGCAGCCUUAAGAUCGGUUGUAGCAUCAGAGAGCCAUAUUUAAACAGCAGCAAAGCAAGUCAAGAAUGUACAGUGUCAGGUAUGCCCCUUGAUUUAAUUUCAGGUUUCAGGACAGCAAAAUUUUGGACCAGUAGGGUAGGAAUAAAAGCCCUGUUGUGGUUAAAGAUGAGAAAUAACUGGAAUGUUUCUACUCUAUAACAGCUGUUACACACAUUUCACAAACCAUAAAUAAACUGCAUAGCUUGCACUCUAACUUUCCUAUGAAUACCUACCAAUAUUAUUAAAUCAAAGCUUUAAGUCACUGAAGGUUGGCAUUAAAUCUGUUGCUCCAGAUGAAUUUGUACCCAGUGUUGCAUUAUCAUUAAUCUUUGUUUUUCAGUUAAGUUGCAUUCAUUGAAGAAAUAGUUCUGUAUUGAUGCUAGAAGAUAUUCAUGUAAAACUUGUAGCCUCAAAAAGACACUGUCAAGUACUUUUUAUAUUUUUAUAUGUCCCAUUGUUUGUAAAUAUCCUCUAAGCUUGAAAAUAAAUUUUAUUUCCCUAU